AAGUUUGAACACUUGUGUGCUGACGUCACGGUCCUCUGCCAAGGAAAACUUUCCCAUCACUACAUCACGGACAGACCUCGUCCUGUGUGUAUCGCAGCCACUGAAGGGUCGCCGCUACACACGCAGCGGCUCCGGCAGGCUCGUGGAAUUGCUCAAGACCGGCCUAAAGCAAGAAAAAAAAAGUAAUAAAAAAGUCCUGCUCACAAUACCACUCCAUAAAAAGAUAAUGAAGGAGAAGAACCAGGAAGGAUGCCCAGUUCAGUACUUGUUAGACUCUUGUCCGACUGGAAGAACGCUAACUCGACAACCUGACGAAUCUGACAACCAGCGGCGGAAGGCAGAAGACUCGGGUGCGCCCGGGCACCUGCCGAGGACCAGACCGCCCCAGCAGGAGUCACAGAAAAACGUACAGAAACCAGCAAGGCAGCCACAGACAUCCGAGACACCAGAAGGCUCGGCUGCCCCACAGUCUCUAAGGAAAUCACAACAGCUCCAGCAAAAAGAAAGCGACCUCAAGAAACAGCAAGAGCAGCGGCAACAGCAGCAAAAGGAGGAAAAAGAUGCCGCGGCUCCUCAUUACCAGCUAAAGUCUCCACAACAACGGCAACAGCAGCAACAAAAGGAGGUCCGAGAUUAUGACCACAAACAGAUCUACCAGCACAGCGACGCUCAGGAGGGCCUGCCGCUGAGGAGUCAGCACGGUCAGGCUGAGGGAGAAGAAUUCAACUUUCUCAAGACAGAUCAUAACAAACCCAGGCAAGUGCCGCCUCUCCAGAGGACGCCAACGAUCGACAUUCCUGAGCCACGGCGCCGUGCAGGGGACAGUCACCGCACCCUGUACGAGCAGCAGUUGGUGCGCGCCGGCUCACUAGGCAGCGGGGAGCCAGCUGCCAUCUUAGAGCAGCGACGGAGCCGCUCUCCGCUCAGGACUCCCGGCCGAGCACACCCAGUUAGUGCUAUAAGUGAAGGUAAAUAUGCUUCACCUAUAACCUCCAGCUCUCCCCCUGGAGCAGGCCGAGGUGGUCCUCUCGAGAGGAAGCACAUCCUUAGCCAGGACGUACAAACCUCGCGGGAUUCAAUCUAUUCUCAGCUUUCAAAGUCGACUGAAAAAAGCCGAGCAUCUGAGGCCACCAGGCCACUCCCCGUGGUGGGCGGGGCGGCUGCGGCUGACUCACGGACAGGAAUCAUUCGCGCCGCGGCAAAGGCUUACACUGAAAGCUACCAGUCUUACUCAUUUUCAGGAUACCUGACCAAGAACAAAAGAGACUCAGUCGGAUCGAAAGAAUCUCCUUCAGUAAAAGACUUCACUGAAGUCGAGGUAGAAAUUAAGCAACCUCCAGCUGGCAGCAGCCAACGGGAAACACAAGAGAUCCCUGCUGCAGCCAGCCACAGCAGCGGCCCUCCGCCCCUCAGUAAGUCACAGUCUGGCAAGAUUAUUGUUCCUCUCACCUCCUUCGUACUAGCCAGUAAGUCAUCGGAGCCUGUGACGAAUCUCGAUAAAGUAGUAAUUAAGCAACCCCUCAGCGGGGAGACGUCAGUGAUCAAGAUUAACGCAGCCGAGACCAAAGAAGCACCAGUCAUCGGGAACACAAGCGCGUGUCACAAGGCCGACCAGGAGCGGGAGAAAGGUGACACCGGCGGCCAGGAACACCGGAGCAAACCUGCUCACCCUCAGCCUCACCCUCACCCCCCCACACCACAACACAAACCCCCCUCCAAGGACAAGGACACCCCCGCCAAGACCCGAGACAAACCCAUCAACACCUCCCGCGGUUCUUCCUCCAUAAACAAGAAACUCCCUCCUUUUAUCAGCGGAUUUCACUUCUCCCACGGCGGCGACAAAAUGAAGGGCAACAACGAAGGGGCGCUGCUAGUGGCGUGCCGGGUGGGCGAGGAGGACCAGGUGCUGAGGCUGCUGAAGGAGAUGACGGCUGCCGGAGUGCUGGACGCGGCGGUGCUCAACCAGGCGGACCGUUCAGGCAGGACUGCCCUGAGUUACGCCUGCGCCAACGCCUUCCAACGAGUGGUGGAGGUGCUCACGGGUCUGCCGGGCUCCGACAUCAACAAAUCUGACACCGACGGCAACACUCCCCUUCACUUCGCCUCGCAAGCUGGUCACACGGAGGUAGUCUCGCACCUGGUUAACAAGUGCAACAGAAGCGUCGACCUGGGACGCCCCGCAACGCUUUGGGAUUCACGCCGCUCAUGAAGGCAGCGCUGCAAGGCAGGACCAAAAUAGCGAAGAUCCUUCUUUUCGCCGGGGCGUCACCUCACCUGCGGGACUUCGGGCGGGGAAUGUGCGCUGUGGAGUGGGCGCGGUACACAGGCCGCCACGUCUGUUCGGAACUCAUUGACAGCAUACAGAAGUCGUGCUCAAGUCACAUCAGAGACCGGUGGACCAGUGACCCCGACCUGAAAUCGCACUCCUCUACGUCCAUCAACACCGCUGGGCCAAGGUGACAACAAGGAGUCUUGGAUAAAACACAAGAUCAGAAAAGCGUUCCACAAGUCUGAAUCUAAGAAGGAAUUCAGUGUAGUGACCAACCUCUCCACCAUGGCUGUCUGUGCCACCACCCCAGUCCUCCCUACCGCUGUUGCCUCACAGGACCUCAAGCCACACCAAGUGGUCGUCCCACAAGUUCAGGUGACGGAGGUUAAAGUCCCAGACUGUUAUGAGGAUCCUGAGGACACCCUCAGCCGCCUUCCCCCACCACCACCUCCCCCCGUCCUGCCCUCAGAAGAGGUUUCAUCUUCCUCCCCCUCAAAGUCCCCCAAGAAGCAGCCUGCUCGGUCAGCUUCUGCCAACACUGCCUCUAGCACCUCUCCUCCUUCAUCACCACCAUCAUCCCCACCAGCAACUUCCACCAAGCCUUCCACCUCACCCACCACCCCUGCCACAACAACCUCACCCAGCAAGGAUGAGUCACAGAAGGAGGCCUCAGUUGGGGAAACAAAGGCCAAUGGAGCAGCAAAGACCACAUCUCCCACCAAGGUGCCCUUCAGUACAUGUAAGAAGAAAAAAUAAGUAGGAUUUAUUAUGACCAAGGUGGCAUAUUGGCAGAUAUGUGGUUGAGACACCAUCAUCUGUCUCCCCCACCCCACCACUUGGAGACACACCUCUGGAGCCAAUGAUACACUUUUAUACCUGCUACUUUUAUUCACCUUCUCCCACAUGUUGGUAGAUGUUUUAACGCCGAGACUCUUCAUAAUCAUCAUCUAAGGGGAGUAUUCAUACAGGCACUCAUGUAUCUUGUGAGUGAGGCCUGUGGAAUCACCUCAUCUUCAGGCUAUGCUCGCAGUAUCAAUAUGUGCAUGUAUAUAUUUAUAUACUUGUACCACGAACUUACAUACAUCACCCACAAUUAUGUUGUGUCAUCAUUUAUGAAGGCAAUGUUAAAUUUUUCUUCUUUUGUAUACAGUUAAAAUAUAAACAGUUAAGAAGUUAGCAUUAGAUUCUGAUACAAUUCUCAUAGUUAUAACAAUUAUCUCAUAGUUGGGAAUUUACUGCCAUCUGAUCCUUGUGUUUUAUUGUCUGUUGGAUGCAGCAGUGCUGGGGCUGCCCUGACUAUGCCAGAGAAGGGUGGAGGAAUAGAAAGUUGCCAGUUGAGAAUGUGGGGUAACAAAUGUCUCCUUUUUAUCUGUGAUUCAGGAUUUGUCACUGAACUAGCUACACUUAUGUUGAGGCAUGGCAUGUGGUCCAUUCUGUCACUGUCACCAGUGUCUGCAUUCCUCGCAGAUACUCACUGAUAAACAGCUGCAGUACCUUUUGGGCUUGUUGAGCUCCUUUGCAGAUGUUACAUCUGACCUCAUUAUUUUUCCCCAAUUUACAGCUCUGUCUUAUGUUCACCAUAAGACACCUUAUUAUCACUACUCUGACCAUAACUAUUCAUUGCAAAGCUCCACAUCCAACCCGACACUACCAAAUACACUGUAGUUAUUCAUAUAUUUUAUUUCUUUAACAAUCCAACUAAAGAUUAAGGGUUAUUGAUUUAUACAACCAAUGGUUAUCAGUAUAGUUUCUCAUCAGCUUAGUUCUCUGCACCACAAUAAAUCAUAUACAUGUUUUAAUCAAGAAUCUUGAUCAGGCGUAAAUCUAAGCUGGCAUCCCUCAUGUUGGUGCCUCAUCAUUCCAACAAAGAUAGACAGUCAGACUCCUGUAUGACUCACCUCAGGCCUUCAAGGCUUGGGCCACCUCAAAGGCCCACUACUACUUGAUAUCCAUACAACAUUGCUUGUGUCCAUAAGUACAUUAUGUAAGGCUGCUAUUUACUGCAGCAGCUCUUCCCGUCCUGCUCUAUGUCAGAACCAGGACAAAUCAGCAAAUGCCAAGUCACAUCUGGAGGAACCUGAGGCUGGGAUCAGCAUCCCUCCCUCCCUUGUCCCCCUACCCCUGGUCAAACCAAAAUCUUUGGUCUGUUGAAUAUAUAAUAUUAUGAGCUUUAUACUGUUUGAUGUUUGGUAUCAAUUCUUCAGUGGUUAAUAAAAUAAAAUUAUCCUUUUCUUCAUUAUAUAUCCUUAUCACAUUAUUUAAUAUUCACUGUUACAUCUCGGCGUGUUUCUUGUGCCUAUGUACCUUACCUUUACAAUCAAUUAUUAAACAGUAAAUAUAUGUUAUCCAUAAAA